UACUCCAAACCAUACUUUAGAAGUUGCAUUAACGAUUUGGCACCAGUACGAAAAGGAAAUGAUCAUUUGCACAGUCGAGGAAAAAGCUUCGGCGGCUUCGGGCGCUUGGCGGCACGCGCCACGCGCCACGUGGAACACGCGCCACGUGCAUUCAGAACGUUGUUCGACAGAACGGAAAGAAGAUGAAGAGGCACGGAUCUGCUAACGUCUUUCACGUCGCCGGCGCAUCGUCGCCGUGCGCCGAGGUCGCCUCGCGGACCAUGAUGGUGACCGCACCUGCCGUACAUCUUCACGUCACCGUCCACGCUGCAAGUGCGUUGUGACGUACGCCACCGUCAACUCGCAUUCAGCUGCAGUGUGUGCCAUCGGGAUCGGCCUCCGACUUUUUUCGGCGCGGCCGACGACGCGCGGUACCCUCGUAAACCUGGCUCCAGCAGCGCCAUCCAAUCCGCAGGACCGGCCCGCCUCACGGGCACGUUCCCUGACGGGAGCCCAGACUGUUGAAGAGGCGCGAUAUUCGCCGCCCGCCCAGCUUCGGGUAAAUGUGCCUGUGAUGGUGACCGACACCUGUGGCUUCGAGGACCAUGUUGCGGUGUCGCGUAGGCAACGCCGGGAUCGAGCGCCGGGCGUGGCAACGCCCGCACCGAUGCGCCGAAACUGUCAUGGGUGGGAGGAGCAACAAGAAAGUGAAGAAGCUGCUGGUGCUUCGUUAUCUUCGCUUGAAAAGGUGUCGUCCGUUCCGGGCUUUACCUGGUCACAGUCGCAAUCGACGCUGCCGGCCAGGACCGAGCCGGCGGGAUGCAACGCCGAGAGCGAUGACUUGCCUGCUGUCCCGAAAACAAGUGUUCGGGAGGACGCUAAAGGCUUUCCGUUGACAUCUCGGUUUGGUGCCGUAUCACAUUUGAGUGGUCAUGCGUGCUCCGACCACGAUGCUGACCGCAGUCGUGUUGCUGUGACGCACCUCAAGCGCGAUGCAAAUGACAGUGAUUUGCGCGCGCGGGAACGUGGAUCGCUGAUGGCAGAAGACAGCGAAGAACAAUUUUACUGUCGGCGUAACACGAACUGUAAAAUUUCCACGGACGCAGGGCGCGGCAGGGAGCACGAAGAGCGUCGAGACUCGAGACCAGCCUUCGACCGAGACGGCGAAGAAAUCCUAAAUUUCAGGAGUUGCAACAGUUCUGAAUAUGGUAGUCGCCACAGAAGCGGAGUCGUUGUGGGAGGCGAGAAUCUCAAAAUGGACCGGCAGUCGAAACUAAAAGAUGAUCGGAGAGUUUCUUCGGAAAAGUACUGGGAGCAGUACUCGAGAAAAGGCGGGAGACGACGACCGAAGGAGGACAGAACAGCGGGAAACGUUCGUAACGAUUACCGGAGGGUGCAUUGGAGAUACGACGGCUACGACGACCGGAGUGCGUAUCGUGGCGAGAACUUCCGGCCGGACUACUAUGAGCCCGACCAUUUCUACAAUCGGUCAGAUCAGUGGUGGAUGACAGGAGCAAGUCCCGAAAAACGUAAUGAACAUUGGUUCGUCCGUGCUGGCGACUGGCGUAACAACUGCCAACAGUCCGCAACCUGCCUGAAUGAACAGGAACGCCGGACAGAGCUAGCCCACUGCAAACGUGAGCCAAGCAUUUAUUCUUGGGACUCGCGAAAAGGUGACAAUUUUAGCAGACACCCACAAUUCCACGGCGUUGACCGGCCUACGGAUGUCCUUAACUACCGGAGUUGCGUUGACGUGUCUUCUGACUACAACCACGGUGACUACGGGAUAAGACGCGACGGCUACAGUCACUGCGACUGCGCUUCACGUUCACAACUGGAAAGUGCGUACUACGAUGCGUUGUACAGGAAUAACCCGGCCUACAAGGAGCAAGUAGAUGCCUACUAUUCUCGUCUAGGCUACAGCACUGCUCAGCUAAUCGACUGGUGGAAUGAACACGCCGGUCCAUUGUCCGCCGACGCGCAUUCGCUCCGCAGCCAGAAUUUCGCCGACAACGUUGUCCGACACGACGAACCCCAGCUGCAAGAAGUGCUCAAGUUCCCGCGACCGCACCCCAUAGCCCGUUUCUGCGGCGCCAAUGGGCUGGUCAAGCUGGUUCCCACCGUGAGCGGAAAUAAGUUGCCGCAGCUCGUCGAACUUCACAGACUCACGCCUUUGUUCGAGAAGGAUCCCGACUUUCGCGAACUGGAGGCGUUUCCAGGACCAUUGAUUAGGUCCGAAACGCACAAGGAAAACGUGAUCGACUACUGCAAGAACAAGAUCGCGUCAUUUGCCGAAAUCCCCGACUUACCCGACCGGUCGUCUCACGUUCUGCUCUGGGAGCUGCUUGUGGUCAUGCUCAGACAGAACGGGGUGGUCUCGGGCACCGAAAUUGCGGAGCUGCUCGUUAGGGACUACGAAACGUUGGAGCCGACACCUUCCACGCCUUGUUCCCGGCCAACGUGCGAUGGAGAUGCAGAUGUAUCAUCCAGGAGCUCCGGCGUGUGUACUGGCUCUUCUUUUGACGAGGACAUCGUUGUAUGCGACGGCAGCCAGCUCGGAACCACAUCCACUAGUCACGUGCUCGCCAAGUUCCGCGAGUAUCUGCUCUUCGGACGCAAAAAGUGUGCUUUGGAGUGGGCAGCGAAACACGGCCUCUGGGGCCACGCCCUCUCGCUGGCCUCUAGAAUGGACGCCAAAACGCAUGCAGCCAUGAUGACUCGCUUCACCAACGCUCUUUCCCUGAAUGACCCUCUGCAUACGCUGUACCAGCACCUGUCUGGACGGCAGCCCGCCGCCGUCCCUCUGGUUGCUACUACGAAAUGGGGCGACUGGAGGCCUCAUCUGGCCAUGAUCCUCUCCAACUCAUCGACGUGUCCGGAAGCGGAUGCCCGAAACGUCACCAUCCUCGGCGACGCUUUAGCCAGUCACGGCUGCUUGGCGGCGGCGCAUUUCUGUUACGUGGUCGCCCACGUCGAGUUUGGAUCGUAUUCUCGCAAGUCCAGCAAGCUCGUGUUGCUCGGAGCCGAUCACAGGACGCUCCCGUUUCGCAGAUUCGCGUCCAACGAGGCAAUCCACUGCACCGAGGUCUACGAGUACGCCCGCUCCCUGUCCGAUCCAACCUACGCGCUCCUUCACUUGCAGGAGUACAAGCUCCUCCACGCCACGCGACUCGCCGAGUACGGAUUUUUGGAAGAGGCGCUUCGCUAUUGCGAGGUUCUGGCAGUGGCGAUGGCGCGGAAUUGCGUGUCGAUGCAGAUUGCGGCGCAGACGUUCGAGCUGGCAAACCGAUUGAAGUACCGCGUGCCACAGUUCAGCCAGUUCAGCCUAGAGCAGAGAGAACUACAGAAGAUUGAUGAGGCUCCUUGGCUGGAUGUCCUUGCCCAAGUAACUUCAAAACAUCUGGAGAAUAAGGUGGUUCCUCAAGCUGGAGACAACGGCACACAUCAGUAUGAUGCAGACAGCGAAGAAAUAAGGCUCAUGGCUGAGAUACUGAGUUCAGACAGUGGUUUCCAGAGUCACCCAAUCUUCACAAAUGGUUCGGACUUUUUCGCAUGCGAAGACGACGAAUAUGUUCUGCGGCAGCCAGAAGAAUACUUCAGCUCUUACAUGGACAGCUCUGCGUGCAAGGAUGUUUCGUCCCCAGUAGAACAGCAGACCUCAGUGGCGGAAACGCAGGCCUUCGCUCCGACUGAGCGAUGGAGCCCCUUUACGACAGAGCGCGCUGCCAUGGACGCCUCUCAAAUUCAAAUGCCGGCCGAUCAUUCAUUCAUUGCGACACACCGAGAAACUGUCGAUGAAUCAUCACUGCCUCAGCCGUCGACAGUGGCACAGCCUUCAGACGCGCGCCACUUCGCAGCCACGUGCUCUCACACCGCCGAGUCACGUGUCAAAGUAAAGGACCAGUCGCCGCUUGAAGAUUCUCAGCAGUCAUGUUCGCCUGCCGAAACGGAUCCCGCUCGAUUAGACUACUACAGUGCUUCAGUUUAUUCGCAACGUCCCGUAACUUUGACCGACAGUGAUCACAUCAGCGGUAUCAGCUGCAGCACGUCUCCUCUGCACACGCACGUGCGGCCAGAGCACUCGCCGUCAGUGUCGGAACCUGCCAAACCGGCGACUGAUAGAUCACGAGAGGCCGCCAGAAAGAGUUGGCUGGGGGCCAUCUUUGAGAAGCUGACUCCGAAGCAGCCCAACCAGAUCAUUCUUCCAGACGACACUGACCCCUGCAUUGUAUGGGACGAAGAAAGAAAGUGUUGGGUAGACAAGAAUGCCCCCUCCGGUAAAACUGAUGGGCCGAUGGCUCCGCCGCCUACAGACUCUAGUUGUGGAGGCCGCCAGAAUCCGUACAGCAACAAGCAAGGUCAGAACCGGUUUCACUUGAGCAAGCAGCGCUCUUUGCGCAGGCGCUAUGUGGAUGUGCUUAACGCUGACAGUGGUAAGGCAUCCGGCGACUCUUCCUUGAUGUCGACGACGGUUUUAGAAUAUCAACCGGCUACCACGCAAGACGCAUCCCAGUUCUUCGUUCCCCAGCCUGCAAGCCAACAGUGUGGCAACUACAGCUGUGACUUUGUUUCAUGUGCUCCCGCACCGGACCAGACAUCGACUGCAGCUCCGUCGUUAUCAUCAGAGUCAUCGGAACACUGCUAUUGGCCAUCGCCCAUGCCUGCGGCAACGCCCAUGAUGUUCAGCCCGACCUCUUCUACAGCAGUAGCCAGAUAGUCAUUGGAACUCAUCACAGUCUGCCGUUCUCAUUUUUUUUUUUUUUCGUGCAAAUACAGGUCAUUCUUGUCGCUC